AUGGCGCCAAGCAAGCCAGCCUCGCAGAAUGAUCCUGCGUCCACCCGGCCGCGACUGCAAGCCAUCAACCAGGACUUCUCCGACCUGGACGAGCAGAUUCGCCAAGCUGCGCAUAUCAUAGGCCUUCCUGACGACUGGAGUACGAUACAAGACCAGGAGGUCCGAUCAGAUAUCAUACAAAGACUUGUGCGCGCAAGGGCGGAAUGGGUCCUGCGCUGGAUUCUCGACAAGUUAAAAGAUGAGACGGAAACUGGGCGGGCGGCGCGAGCAAACGUCAGCGCAUGGCAGCUUCUAGACUGGAUGAUACACGUUCUGCCUGUAUCUCGUAGUGCGCCACAUCUACGAGACGCCAGCUUCCCCAGCAUAUUGGAGAGAACGCUCGUGGAGAACUUCGACACAGACUCGACCCUACAACCCGCAGCCACUUCGGAAGAUGUCGACAUGAAGGACGACUCGGAAUCAAGUGCGACUAUCCGAGAAGGAACCAAGCCAUCCAAGAAACGAAAACGCGGCACAGCUGAGGCAUCACCUUCGACAUCGGCCGCACUUGGUCCUGUCGAUCUUGGCCAUCUUUUCCGCGUGGUCAGGGCAGCAGUUGAUUCAAUCGCGCACCUGGCUGGGAGUGAUAAGUCCGACGACGUCACUCAGGCUGAGCUCAUGAAGAUGGUCUUGAGGACAGAAAGUACCCAGGCUUCGCGCAUCCUCAGAUUCUGGCUUUCUGGUGUCCGAAUAUUGUGCGCAGCUCGCUCUCGCGCUUCCGAUGAUACCCCUCUGGACGAGCAUCUCCAAUUGUCACUUGCGCUUGAGAUGUGGGAUUUGCGCGCUGUGGAGACCAAAGACGAGUCCGGAGCCUCCGCUGAAGAAUUCAACACAGAGUGCCUAGUACCGACUUUGCUACUCUUGGAACAUCUCAAGUCCCUGCGCAGCAGAGACACGACGCAGGUUUCCCAACGUACCCUGGACCGCGCGAUUGCAGUGCUCGACAAGCUGUUGGCGAGACAUUUGCUUGCGCCUUCAAGAGCUGCUUUCUUCAACGAUGCCGAAACCGCCGCACCCUCUGCCAGUAUCGGUGCAAACUCUACAAGCGCUGGACUGAAGACACGGGAUGCGACGGUUCUUGCAAGUAACCUGGAGCCGCUCCGCGCAAAGCUUCUUCAGGCAGCGCAGAUCGAAGAUGGUGGAGAUGCUCUACCUGCAGAACUCGCGCUGCUCUUCGACACAGUACCUCAUGUGCUAGAUCUAGCCAUUCGCGCUUCUCCGUCGCGGACACCCAAGAGCAGAGCUGUGGAAAAGCCCUGGCUACAGGCUGUCUUCUCCGCGCUUGCAGAGUGCGCUGGAUGCUCGCUGGUCACUCCACCCGAGUAUAUCACACGGCCAACCGCCGUCGCUGCUCUCAGUGGCGCUAUUCGUAUUCUGCAGGUACAUGAAGUAAGCCUUUCUUCGGACCUCAUCAAGAACAUCUUCUGGUACCAUUGCGGGGUGAAAUAUCCCGAACGUCAAGAGAAGCAGGUGCAUUGGUCGCUGAUCGCAUCCUUGAUUGAGCUUGAUUCGUCAGUAUUUGCUGUAGAGUCCAAAGUUGGAGCGAGAGGCUCGCAAGACCACACAGAUCUUGCCGAGUUUGUCUUUGAGAAAAUAUCAGCUACAGAAUUAGAGGGCUCAGGCUUCUCUGAUGACGGAAGUGAUGCUCAGCUGGGAAGAUCCGCAAUCUUGGAGCGAAUCAUCAACCCAUUGAUGCUGGCUUUCGUGCGGAACCGUAACCUGCUAGGCUUUGUCCGAAGAUGGGAUGACCAACUAGUCAAGAGCUUUAGACACGGCAAGCGCAAGACUCUUGAAGGGCGACAGGACAUCGUGUGGGAAGAUCGUGCUUUGUGGAAUACUUUGGCUGAAUCUUUCGAGUCAUCAUUAACCCAAGGCCAGAUAACUACAGUGAUUCAGGAGCACGGGGAGCGCCUGGCACAGCUCGCUGGUGCGAUCGAGACUGCCACCAAGGAGAGUGUCAAAGUCAAGAAACUCGCUGCGUACAAGAACGCCGCGAGUAGUGCUAUCUUGCUUCCAGCUUUCCUUCAAGCUAUCAAGUCUGAAAACAACAUUGCAGCACUAAAAGCCGACCUUCGUGCUCUAUUUCUCACCUACGCUUCGUGGGUCCAAGAGCGUCACUACAGCUUGUACACACAGUCCCAUCUAUCUUGGUUCACACUGUGCCAAUUGCUGGCGAAACUGUGGCCCAUCGAACUUCACGCCUCUUCACAGUUGCAACAGGAAUUGCUUUACCCGCUGCUGGAACAAGCUAUAGAAGUUAUGUCGACGACAUCCAACGACGCUGGACGGGGCGCAGAUCCAACCAUACGAGCAGCUGCAGUACUAUUCUGGCUCAACACAUGUGAUCGCCUGCAGACACUCCCUGGUUCCAAGAUUGUCAUCCGCAGUGGCUUAGCCAGAGUCAUGGACUGUUUCUCUUCCAGUCAGCUAGACACCGAAGGACAGCGGUCGAUGAUCGAAAUCUUCUGUGCCUACUCCGUCAAUCUCCUUGAGCACGUGGAGAUUGACGCGUGCCGCCAAUCUCUUUCUGCCAUAUUAUCAAAGCUUCCACAGUUUGACGGCGUCACUAGUGAUCUUGUCUGUCGGUCACUUUCUCAAUCAAUCAUCGAGGAGGGAAACUCCGUCAUACAGAAUGCAUACUGUGUAGCCCUUCUGGAAGCACUUGGGCAAGGAGCUGGAAUAAGGAUGCACGCUGUGGCUGGUGAGGCGAUACUUCAUAUCCACCCUGCUGCUUUGUCCCGUGAGCAGAGACAAGCAAUUUUGGACCGCACAGCCGAACUUCUGGACCUUGGGCAGACGAGUACGAUGAUAGUACUGAGCAUCAUGGCACACCUCCAGCAAGUUCCAAAUGCAACAGCCAAGGUCUCUACGGAUGCAGACGUCAUCUUUAGCAUCGCAGAACAGCUGCAUAGCCAACAACUCGAAACAGACUCCGCGCUGCAACUGCUACGAGAGCUUGUGCAAAGAACCCUUGGACAUAUCAUUCCGAACCAGUCACAAGCGCAAAAUAAAGAGUUUUUCAUCGACUACGCCGGAAAAUCUUUAUCUGUGGCUAAAGCUACGAGCAAAUGCUCGCUAGCGAGACUCUCGAUCCUCCGAGCGACGUCGAUGGUCCAAAAGCAAAACUCUCUGCUUCAUAUCGAACGUUACGUCGAACUUUUGAAGCAAUGCCUUGGAAGCGAGGACAUGGCGUUGCUGCUAGGGUCGUUGGACGCUUUCAACGAGCUGUCAACAGACGCAUUGAAAGACGUUAAGCAAUUCAGCCGUAUCCAGACAUGGCUUCGUACGUGGCUCAAGGAUGCUCUCGAUCUCGACCAGUAUAUUGGUUCAGAGGUCAGCGUUCCGAGCGAAGCUGUUGAUUACGUUGCACGGGUAUAUGCAUUGGUCGCCAAAUACGAGCUUUACCAAGAUGCAAAGUGGCUGAUCUGUCUGUCGCUUACUGUGCUUAGAGGAAGCUCAGUUCACGUACAAGGCGCCGUGUACAGAACACUCAAGACCACACUCGAACCGCUUCCUUUCUACGAGAAGUUGGAUCUUAUCACAACACUGGUUGUAGAUCAGAAACAGCCAAACCUGGCUGCCUCGUACCGUAUCCUCGGUGAUCUCAUCGACACUAUGGACGAUCAGCUAGAAUCUAACGCAGAGAUGAGACAAAAGCAGCUCGCACUGUUGCCUAGGAUCUGCGUUUUGCUCACCGAGAGUCCUGAUUUCGAGUCUUUCAACGCUCUGCUCAACUGCAUUGACACAAUCCUGAACGACAAACCCUCGCUUGCAUCACAACACAGCAUCGAAUGCGUCUACAGCGUGCUUGUCAAGCUCACGUCACGAAGCAGUCCCGCACUGUCAUCUCAGUAUGCUCCUGAGAUCUUUUCAAGGCUCUGCCAGACGAGUCGCCUGACCCUACUUGUACAUCGAGGUCGCCUAGGUGGACGUUUCCACCUACUCCCACCCCUUCUACAAGGCCUACUAUUUUGCCUAUUCAUUCCAAAUGCUAGUCGCAGCGGCGCUCUACCAUCAUGGCUACGCGCAGUCACCGCUACUGAGCCCGUUCGCCUAACACCUACGAAUGCAGCGCAAUUCACACGUCUCUUGUCUACUCUUUGCAAUCCGCCUCAAUCAUCCAUCACGAAGGCGCAUCAACACCAUCAAUCCCGCAAGUCCAAAGACCUCAAUGACCCCGUCAAAGCGGCUCGUGACCGAGCGAGCAACUUCCUUUACCCGCUUCUCGCAUCUUUCUGCCGCUACCAGCUCAAUGGAAGAUUGGAUCAGGGGGUGAGGGAGAAGUUGAUGCCGGGCAUCUGGGAAGUGUUGGGUACAGCUAGCUUGCAUAGAGAGGGGCUCGAUGCCAUGUUCGCUGGUUUAGGCAGGAGUGAGAGAGACGCCUGGAAGGGUCUCUGGGAGCAGUGGGAAGGUGUGCAUGGGAGAAGGCAGGUGGUCGGUCACGGGGAGUAG